CCACCACCACCCACCAUGUCAGUACACGAGGCCAACGACGUUGAGCGCCUGCUCAAGCACGAGGAGACCCAGCUGUCGCGUCAAACAGAAGUAGAGCGCAUAAUGUCACUCAGUAUGCUCGAUCCCUUUGCCAUCCUCUCUCUCCCACUAACCUGCACGCCCCAGGACGUGAAGCUCGCAUACCGCUCUAAAUCCCGUCUCAUUCACCCAGACAAAACCACCCAUGCCAAUGCCCGCGAGGCGUUUGAGCGUCUUAAAAAGGCAGAAACAGAGCUGAUGGACGACGAAAAGCGCAAAUCCAUUCUCACAAUGGUCGACGAAGCGAAACGUGAACUUGCUGUCGAAUGGACCAAGGAGGUGGAAUCCGGAAAGCGCCAGGAAUUCGAUGUCGUGUCGAAGGAGUUUGAAAAGGCAGCAAUGGAAAAGUACCGUGCGAUCAUGGUUGAUAUUGAAUGGCGGAGGCGCCAGAGGGUGAAGCAGGAAAUGGCAGCAGAGGGCGCGGCAGCGAGCAAGAGGGAAGAGGAAGUCAAGGAGAAGAAGAGGAAGCGAGACGAGGAGAAGGCAUGGGAGGACAAACGUGAGGAGAGAGUUAGCAGCUGGAGAAACUUUCAGAAAAAGUCAAAAAAGAGCAAAAAGUCGAAAGGUGCAAAGAGCAGUGCAACACCGAGUUCCAAGUAGAUAUACAAUCA